AUGGAGUAUGGCAGUGCUCACCUUAAAGAUGGUGCAGGAUUGUCAAAGAAUUUUAUGGUGUAUGACUAUGUAGUAUGGAGCAUUCGUUUAUUUAGAAGCUCACAAUAUAAGAUAUAUAGUGAAGCAUCUCGAUGGCUUUUUAGCUUUAUACCGUUUAUUAAUGCAAGUAUAUAUGAUGUGCUUCCUUUGGUAACGCAGCUAUUUGUAGUUGGGUCCGUACCACUGAAGACUUAUUUACCUGAUGGGGAUAUUGAUCUAACAGCAUUCGGUGACAAUCAAAUUUUGACAGACAGUUUGGUCCAAGAGAUAGUGCAUAUUUUAGAAAGAGAAGAGAAGAAUGAGGAUGCUGAAUUUCUUGUGAAAGAGGUUCAGUAUAUCCCGGCAGAGGUGAAGAUCAUAAAGUGCUUAGUGGAAAAUAUUGUAGUUGACAUAUCUUUUAAUCAGCUUGGUGCUUUAUGUACACUAUGUUUUCUUGAGGAGGUUGACAGUUGGAUAAGUCAGAAUCACUUAUUCAAACGCAGUAUUAUAUUGAUAAAAGCUUGGUGUUUCCAUGAAAGCCGCAUACUGGGUUCUCAGCAUGGACUUAUUUCAACCUAUGCACUGGAAAUUUUAGUCUUGUACAUAUUUCAUGUUUACAGUAGUACAUUUGCUGGACCACUUGAGGUACUUUAUCGAUUCCUGGAGUUCUAUAGUAAAUUUGACUGGAAUGAAUACUGCGUUAGCUUAUGGGGACCAGUGCCCAUAAGUUCACUUCCUAAUAUGAGAGCUGAGCCUCCACGAAAGGAUCGCCAAGAGUUGCUGCUGAAUGAAGCGUUUCUUACUGCUUGCCAGUCCUAUUAUGGAGUUCAGCCAAGCUGCCAAGAAAAUGAAGAGCAGCCUUUUGUUUCCAAAUACUUCAAUAUUAUAGAUCCUUUGCGUGCGAACAAUAACUUGGGGCGUAGCAUUAGUAAGGGUAACUUCUUUAGGAUAAGGAGUGCAAUUUCUUUUGGUGCUCAGCGGGUAAUGAGAAUGCUGAAUUUCCCAGAAGAGAAUCUAAUAGCUGAAUUUGAUUUGUUUUUCAAGAACACAUGGGAUAGACACGGUAAUGGUUACUGGAUUGAUAUACGCAUUCAUGAUCUUUAUUUAAGAAAUAGUAAUGUUGAAAAUUCAACAUGUCAUGAAUCUGAGGUUGAGCAGGCUCAAGCUUCUCAUGGGUCUCAUGAUAUUCACCAAAAGCCUGCUAACCAUUUGAAAGAAUCAACACAUAUGUUUGGAACCUCUGAUGCAUCUUCUGUUUCUCAAACUUGGAGCUCAAACACUAGUGGCAUAUUCACUGGUACCAUGACCUCUGAUAUAGAGCAAACAAGUUCCAUGAAGAAUGCACGUACUGAUAAAGGAAAAAGUCCUAAAUAUUCAUCAAAUGAAGUUCAUGCCAUGCAUCACUUUGCUAAUAGUGAGGUUCCAGCUCAACAUUCUGCUUCUUCAAUGACUGAUAAUAGCACAAGAUCAAGUUCAAUAUCUGAAGUUUUAGACAACCACAAUGUCAGAGUUUCAUCUGAAAAUCAACAAUCUUUUGGGCAGAUUUCAUAUGAUUGGAGAAGUGAAGAUGCAGUUGGCUUAGGUAACAAUAACGAAAAUGGCCAUUUUGUUGGUGAGGCAAUGCAGAAGCAUCAGGAAGAGCAAGAUUUUCUGAAUAUUACAGAAACAAACGGGAGUUCCAAUUUCAAUGGAAAUCUGCAAGCACCAGUGAAUGUGAAUUCAAGUAAUGUAUCUUUUCAACCACCACCACCACAUGUUUUAGCUUCAGGAGACGGACAUGCAAACUCAUUUGGUGUGCUUCCUGUAAGUGUUCCUUCUUUUGAGUCCUUUUGGGGCCACACUAUGCCUUACUCUCAGGAUUUAGUUCCAUUUUCUGCAUUGCAAUGGUUUCCAAGUGUGGGAAUGACAUUAAAUGAGGAAGAAGUUACUGAACCAGUUAAUUACAAUGUGGUGGUAGCUCAUUUAGAUGAUGAAAAACAAAUGGCUGAUAAUGGUGGUUCCAGUUCUGGUAAUUCAUCUUGGCAGACUAGCUCUGAAAGUUACUCUGUUGAUAACCAAAGUUUAUUACCAUAUGCAUUUGGAACACCAUUUUCAUUUCCUACCAUGUUCCCAAUCUACAAUGUUCCUACUGAGACUGGUUCUACUUCUACAGCCAACAAUUGUGUGGACAUGGGUGCAGAGCUAGGUAAUCUUCAUACACGUGAGUCCAGUGUCAUAUCGGAUUCUACUGAGAAAUUCCAUGUUAGCCAUGUCAUUUAUGAUGCAACUUCAGAGUCUUUUGUAAAACAAAGCUCUGAUAUUUUGGAUGGUGAUUUUCUAAGCUAUUGGCUGAAUCUGCAAUAUGGACGGUUUUGUCAGAAUGAACGUAUGGCUCAUGAUCCUCCCCUAGUUAUGGAUCAUGAUCCUCACCUAGUUAUGGAUCAUGAUCCUCCCCUUGAUCCAAUUACGCCAGUGGAAAGUGUUUCUGGUUUGCAUGUGCCUAUUGAUCAAAGUGUUGCCUUUUUUCUUCCUAGAUCUUGUGAUGGCACUGGGGCUUACAUUCCAAACCCAAUAGCUUACUACCAGAGGUAUUACAGGAGACAGCGUGCUAGAAGAAAUCAGAGAAGUCACAUAUAUGAAAGGAAUGAUAAUCAUGGUCAAAGGGAAGAGAAUUGGGAUUUUAAUCAUGGUGAUAGAAGUCACCAGUUUUGCGACCAAGUUGAGAAGCCAGGUACAAAUGAAGAAUCACAUCGAGGUGAAGGCUCACAUGCUGAUUUUAAUGAGCUGGCAAAUUUUAGAAGAGAUUCUGCAUAAUCUUCUCCACAUUGGGGUUCUACAAGACUGACUACCUGUCAAUAAACAGAGAUGCUGAUUUCCUGCUUAUAUUCUGAGUGAAAAUUAAUUUCCAUUUUUUGUUUGUGCCUCCCCUACUAUGUUGAAGCUUGGAUCAUUGACCCUUUUGUACACAGAAAACAGAGUAAUAGUUAGAAUACUCUAUAGAUGCCAUUUUAUGAUGGCAUGAAGAGGGAUUCCAGCAGCCGAGAAGAAAGUAUGUAUGUAUUUACUUCAAUUUACCACCCCCAGUGUCUCAGGGCGCCUUUCUUAGUUAGAAAAUUACUAUUUGGAGUUUACUCCUUUUAAGGUUUUUAUUAUGUCCUGUAGAAUCCUGUUCCUUGUCCGAUGUUAUAAAUGUCUUCAUGUAAGCUUCUGUUGUA